AUGAAAAAAGUAUCUCAACAACCACAGCAACCACAGCAACAAAAACAACAACAACAACAACAACAACAAAAUAAAGGUGAUGAUAAUAGAUUAGAAGAAAUAUACUUAAGAAAAGAAGAAAUUAAAGAGGAUAUUAUUAUAGAUAAAAGAAAAAUUAUAGAUUUAGAUCAAAGAAACAAUUUAAAUUUCGAAGCUUUAGAUAAUAUAACUACAAAUAAAAAUGGAACAUCCAAUAAGAAUGGUAAACUAUGGAUAUAUACAGGUGAUAUCUUUAUUCAAAUGAAAGAAGCUAGUGCAAAAGAAUUAAUUAUUCAAGAAAAUGAUACUAUCGAAAAUGAAAUUAUGAAAUUAAGACUGGGUUUAGAUGACAAAGAAAAACAACUUAAACAAUUAGAAAAAGACUAUGAACUUGAAAGAAGUAAAAUAUUUUCAUAA